AUGGAUACAACCAAAAGAAAAAGAAAGAAAAAAUUAGAAAUAGCAUGUGUAUAUUGUAGAAGGUCACAUAUGAUAUGUGAUGAAUCAAGACCAUGUCAAAGAUGUAUUAAAAGAGGUAUACUGCAUUUGUGUUAUGAUGAACCUUCAAAUUCAAGACAACGAAAGAAAGCAGCAGCUUUAAGAAAAGAUACUCCUCAAGAACAAGAGCAACAACAACAACAACCUCCUCCUCAAGCACCACUACCUCAACCACAACCUCAACCGCAAUCUCAACCUCAACCUCAAACUCAGCCAUUACCAGUUCAACAACCUAUUCAAGCAAAACCAAAUAAAUCUGUUUUAUCACAAACUUUAGCGUAUAAUCAAGAACCAUUAUUCUAUUCGGAACAUGCAGGUAGUGAAUUUAGUUCAUUAAAUGAUUUUUUGUCUAUGAUUGAUGAUCCAGAACUAGUCAAUGGUGCUUUAAAUAAUGACGAAAAUCAAAUGUUUUGGGCUCCUGCUUUCUCACCAAAUAAUAUAUUUAGUCAAACUUUUGAAGAAGUUUCUCAACCAAUGGAAGAUCAACCACCUCAACAACCACAGCAGCAACAACAACAACCACAACAACCAGGAGUUGAAGAUCACCCCGUUAUUUCGGAUUCUGCAAGAGAUAAAUUCUUUUUAACAGCUGCUGAUCCAACAACUGAAAUAUCACCAGAAGAAAGGUUAAAACAAGUCAUUAAAGCUAAAUUAGAAGCUGGUUUACUACAACCAUAUAAUUACGCAAAAGGAUAUGCUAGAUUACAAAAAUAUAUGGAUAACUAUAUGAAUAUUUCGAGUCGUCAAAGAAUUUUAAAACCUUUAAGUAUUUUUAGACCAGCUUUUAGAGCUAUUGCAAGAACUUUAAAAGAUGUCGAUUUAGUGCUUGUGGAAGAAAGUUUUGAAAGAAUGUUAUUGGAUUAUGAUCGAGUUUUCACAUCAAUGGCUAUCCCAGCUUGUUUAUGGAGAAGAACUGGAGAAAUAUAUCGAGGCAAUAAAGAAUUUGCUUCAUUAGUAGGUGUUACAACUGAUGAUUUAAAAGACGGGAAAUUAGCUAUAUAUGAAUUAAUGAGUGAAGAAAGUGCAGUGAAUUUUUGGGAAAAAUACGGAGCUAUUGCUUUUGAUAAAGGUCAAAAGGCAGUUUUAACAAGUUGUAAUUUAAGAACAAAAGAUGGUAUAAAAAGGAAAAGUUGCUGUUUUAGUUUCACUAUACGAAGAGAUAGAUAUAACAUUCCAAGUUGUAUAGUUGGUAAUUUUAUUCCAAUAGAUCCAUAG